AUGGUCCUGAGACUCAACACUGUCCAUGGGUUUGCUACUAUCAUCACAGCUUAUGCUCCGACACUAACAUCUUCGGAAGAGACAAAAGACCAAUUCUACAAUCAAUUAGACGAGACAGUAAGUAAAGUGAGUACAGGUGACCGCCUAUAUAUUCUUGGUGACUUUAAUGCCCGAGUGGGCCAGGAUUUCUCCACAUGGCCCAGUUGUAUUGGAUACCAUGGUGUAGGAAAUAUGAAUGAGAACGGUCAAAGACUGCUAGAGUUUUGCUCUGAUCAUCGUCUUUGCGUAACCAAUACAUUCUUUAAGGGUAAAUUAUCACACAGAGUUUCCUGGAAACACCCACGAUCUGGCCAUUGGCAUCAGUUGGACGUCGUGCUCUCCCGUUCCAGGGACCUACGAGAGAUCCUUCACACACGCACAUUUCAUAGCGCUGACUGUGAUACUGAUCACUCGCUAGUGGUGGCACGAGUGGCCAUUGCGCAUAAAAAGAUUCACACUUCUCAUGCUCCGGGUAAAAGAAAGAUAAAUCUUGCUAAUGUGAACAUUGACGAAAACCGUAUAAAAUUUGAGUCUUUAAUUACAGCUGACUUAAACAAUUGGGAUACUGAUAUCUCAAUAACCGUUGAGUGGAAUAAUAUUAAGAAUAUUUUAACUAACGGCGCUGGUGAGGCUUUUGGCUACAUGACUACCAAAUCUCAGGACUGGUUUGCGAAUAAUAUCCAACAUCUUCAACCACUAUUAGACGCAAAGCGCGAGGCAGCUCUUAACCAUCGUUUGCACUCCUCUCCUGUGACUGAUAAAAAUCUUCGUACAGCUAAAUCAGCUCUCCAGCGAAGCGUACGAUAUUUCGCCAAUCUAUACUGGACUAAUCUCGGCCUCAGGAUUCAAACGUGUGCCGACAACGGAAAUAUUGGUGGUGUUUACGAGGGUAUCAAACAAGUCCUUGGACCUGUACCUAAAAAGACAGCCCCCUUAAAGGACGCAGAUGGCUUCUCUAUAACAGAUUCUAGAAAACAACUUGACCGUUGGGUUGAGCAUUACACCGGUCUCUACUCACGUCCUACUAAUCUACACCCGGAUGCUGUUAAUAAUAUGCCUAAACUAGACUUAUGGACUGAGCUAGAUGAUCUACCGUCUAUAGAGGAGUUCAACAAUGCAGUAAACAAACUAAAAUCCGGUAAGAGCCCUGGCUGCGAUGGAACCCAUGCCGAAAUAAUUAAACUCCAGUGUGUAAGACCGAUGCUGUUUAGUCUCCUGCGUAAAUGCUGGGAAGCAGGUGAAGUGCCGCAAGAUAUGCGAGACGCUAAUAUUGUGACCAUAUACAAAGGGAAGGGUGACCGUGGCGACUGCAACUGCUAUCGUGGUAUCUCCCUCCUAAGUAUUGUUGGAAAACUUUUCAGUCGAGUCAUUCAAUCUAGACUCCAAAAGCUUGCGAAUCGAGUAUAUCCGGAAUCUCAAUGUGGCUUUCGUCCCCAGCGUUCUACAACUGACAUGAUUUUUACUCUACGUCAAUUACAGGAGAAGUGUAGAGAACAGAAGAGUCCCUUGUUUGUGGCUUUUGUUGACCUCAACAAAGCCUUCGAUACGGUCAGCCGGGAGGGACUGUACUCAGCACUAGAAAGCAUCGGGUGCCCACCUAAACUUUUGUGCCUGAUAAAAUGA